AUGACCAUCGCCGGUGUCGGUGCCGGUGCCGGCGCCGGCCCGAGCGACCUGGCGUGGGGCAUCGCGUGCAAGCGCUGCGACGGGCUCCUGGCGCGCCACUCGCAGCUGGCCUUCCUGCUGGAGAACGCGACGGCCGUGCACCUGACGCUCAACAAGCGGCUGCUGCACGACGAGCAGCUCCAGGCGCCCGAGGGCGAGGGCGAGAGCGAGAGCUGGCGCAUCUACAGCCGCGCGGACGUGCUGCCGGAGCUGCAGUUCACCAAGAUCCGCACGAAGAACGCGUUCAAGCGCGAGCGCCUGCCCUUCGAGCUCUGCUGCGUCAGAUGUGACGCCAAGGUGGCGUCCGAGGGGUUCCUGGACGAGCUGGACGAGUCGCAGCUGCUGCUGGACUCCAAGGCCUGCGCCUGCGUGCUGGACAGACAGACGCCGUACGGGAUGGCGGGAGAUCCCAAGGCCAGGAAGUGGGGGGUCAUCCUCCGCCAGCUGCAGGAGAUGAGGCUGCCUCUGAAGAUCCAGAAGCUCCAGGAGCUUAUUGACUACGGCAAAGAGGGGGAGGAGAAGAAGGAAGUGGUGGAGGAGAAGGUGGACGUGCUGCCCCUUGUGCAUCCGACGGAGGCUUCGAUUCGCAACCACUUCAGACCCAGAGCAAAGAUGUCCAAGUUGAGACGGUACCAGGUGGAGCUGACGCUUUCGGCAUUGCUGGAGAACACGAUCGUGUACCUGCCCACGGGGUGCGGGAAGACGCUUGUGGCUAUCAAGGUGAUGGAGGAGAUGAAGCACCUGAACCCCGACAAGCUGGUGGUGUUCUUCGUGCCCACAGGGCCGUUAGUGUCGCAGCAGGCUGCGUACAUCCGACGCGAGUCAAACUUUCAAGUGGCGGAGUUUUCUGGACAGCAUGGGCGAACUACAGCGGCGACGAGCGCUCCUAUUAAGGUGGAUGGAGGCUUUGAUGCGGUGGUGGUGACGCCCCAAUACUUCUUGAACUUGCUGUUUAACGGACGCACCAGCAUCACGGAUUAUAGUACGAUGGUGUUUGAUGAAGCCCACCACGCGACUGGAAACCACCCUUACUGCGAGCUGCUGAAAAAUCUGGCUACUGUUGAUCUCCGAGUGCGCCCCCAUAUUCUAGCACUGACAGCCUCACCUUUCGGCGAAGGAGUGCGUGAAGCGUCUGGACCAACUGCGCUGAGAAAGCUCGCCGAUGCGUACAAUGCUGUGGUCAAUGCACCGACUAUCGCUGCUGAUGACUUGGAGGCGAGUUUCAUCCCGAAGGAAGCGCAGUGGGUUACUGUCCAGGAAGACGAAUCUGAGCGAAAGGUCCGAGAGGGUAUUAAACGCUAUAUCCAGUCUUUCUACGCCGAGAUCGCUAGGCUUUUGGGGCAAGUGAUGCCGUUCGAAGCAAAUUAUGACACGAACGACAUGGAAUUAUCACAGUUUCUUGCGAAGCUUAGGCUUUUACGCGAACAAGCAGAGUCGAUGGAGAUUAGGAAAACCAACGGUGAUGCUGAGACGACUGGAGUCGAAAAGAGUAAGCGCCAACCGUCCGAUCUGGAACUGGUUCUCGAGCAUCUUCGUAAGGUGGCAUCGAGUUUCUACACGUUGAGUAUCCAUGGUGCUGGGACAGUAGCCGAAUCGCUGCACCGCAUUUUCGGUGAGUUGGAGGCGUCGUCUUCCAAUAAGGGAAGGCGUACAUUUGCUCUUGUGGAGACCAGGUAUCGUGCCAUAAUGAGCCCUGCGCUGAUUCACUUCCCGUUGGAUACAUUUACCGGGUCUGACAUUUCAAAUCGUGUUCAUCUCGUCGCGGACUGCAUUCGGAAGGCCAAUUUUGACCACGACUCCCGUGCCAUCGUAUUUGUCCGGCGCCGUAAAACCGCGAUUGUGCUUGCAAAGGCCAUGGAAUCAUUAGAGGUACUACGCGAACUCAACCCCACACGAUUUGUUGGACACAACUCCUAUGAAGGAAUGUCGUGGGAAGAAGAGCAGAGGCCCACGCUGGACCGGUUUCGACAGGGACGGAUUCGUUUAUUAGUGGCCACUAAUGUCCUCGAAGAAGGACUUGACGUACCUGAAUGCUCACUGGUGAUUCAGUUCGACGGUGUUGUUGGAGUUACGAGCCUCAUUCAAAGUCGUGGCCGAGCGCGGCACCGUGACAGCAGUUUUAUUAUUUUCUGCUCUGCAGUUGGAAAGGAACGUAACCAGCGACUAGUUGAAAAUGAAAAGCGAUUGGUCUCGCUGGCGAACAUGGCUGCUUCAAGGUUGAAGUCCAAAGUGGCUGUGAAGAAAUUGAUGGAGAAUUAUCCCGAUGAAGCGCUUCCCGAUGUUUCAAGCGGUGCAAGCGAUGAAGUAUCAACACUGCCACUGCGCGCAACGUUUGACGCGAUGGCUGAUAAAGUUUACAACAUUGUGCUUGGUGGUGUGUUUGUUGAGGCCGACAAACAUCGGCAAGAGUGCAUUCUGGAGAGGGUUAAUGAGUUUGCUUCAGUCAGGAAUGUGGAUCAGCGCAUCGGGCUGUGUACGGUUGCGGCGCGACCUGGCCAGGACAUCUAUCUGUCGUUCAAUCUGCUGUCCUCAGGAGUUGAUUUCUUCGUGGAUGAGCAAGCGUUCUGGAUGCGCUUUGAAAGCGACGACAUCGAGAGUGCAGCCAGCAGCGUGUUUGCUGAGAAUGUAACUGGGGUUGGACUUCAUCGAGGGUUAAUGACUCCUGCUGGUGCCUUCAUGGAACUUGAGAGCUUUGGUAACGCGGAUGCUUUGGAGAUGGCAGCUGAUGCUUUAAUCGCGGAUUUUGGCUACCGCCGUGUGGAAUUUGAUAUGCGAGCGUUGUCUGAAUCGCAAGUUUGGUUUGAUCUGACUUUAACCGAUCAUGCUGCGAUUUACAUGUCCUUUCGAAUCCCACCAUCCUGUUACGUUGAAGACGAGCGCGAAUGCAAGGCUUGCCAGUCGCAAGCUCUCGUGUAUUGCUUCAAGGUGCCGCGCUCAGAAAAUAUGAAGGCUCACCUCUGGAAUCUGCGCGUAUUCUUCUCGAAGCUUGGUGUUGAAGUCCGUGAAACAAAGAUUCCCCGCGCGAACAAGGAAACUGUCGCUCCUACACGACUGCACUUCGAUUUACCGGUUGCGUAUGCGCUGCAAUGUCUUCUUUCAGACUGCAGUCACUUUACGAAUGGGUUUCUGCCUCCAGAAUUUUACGAUGUAUUGAAUGCACUCGACGACAAAGUUCAAGAAAAGGCUCUUCUAUCGUUUCACGCUAAGCUGACUCGGAUCAAUAUUGCAGAGCAGUUCUCGGCUUAUCUGAAAGAAGAGCGUUCUGUGUUGGAAAGUAUGUGCUCCAGCCCGUCCCUUGGAUCAGGUGCUGUCGUGUACAAGGUUAUUGUUACGCCAUCACGGGUUGUAUUUUGUCCCCCCGACCCAGCUCCGAGCAAUCGAGUAUUUCGCCAUUGGGGGUCGGAGAACUUUAUGUACAUGUACUUCCGCGACGACAACAUGGAGCGUUUGGACUACACAUCUGGGAAUAUUUUGAGGAGAAUUCGGAAUGUUUUGAAGAAGGGAAUCGAGGUUCCUCACGCCCGAGAUGGCUGUAGGUUUAAUUUUCUUGGCUGUUCGCUAAGUCAAGUUCGCAACAGCAGUGCGAUCUUCACGCUGCUGGACCACCACGAAGUUAGAUCAUGGAUUGGAGAUCUUUCGCAUUUAACGUCUCCAGCAAAAUAUCUGAAGCGUCUGGGUCAAGCUUUCUCCUCCACGAAAGAAACGUUCAACGUCAGCCAGAGUGUACUGGAUAAUCCGGUGGAAGACAUCACGAACGACGAUUAUGUAUUCACGGAUGGGUGUGGCGAGAUUGCCAAGAUUGGUGCGGAGAGCAUCGUAAGGGAGCUAAACCUCUCGUAUACCCCAUCAGCUUUUCAAAUUCGCCUUGGAGGUGCGAAAGGUGUUCUGGUGGUAUCCGAUCAAGAUAACCCUGAGGUCACUCGAGAAGAAAGUAUCUUGCUUCGUGAAAGCAUGUCUAAGUUCGCGUCCAACCACACUAUGCUUGAAAUUGUCGCAUGUGCGGGAAAAUCCGAGGCGUACCUGACACGCCAAAGCGUGCUCAUUCUGAGCGACCUUGGGAUUAAUGAAGAUGUACUUAUGGAGAUGCAGGAGCAGUUUUUGAGCGAACUCCGUACACUCAUUGCAUCGGACGAUGGCGCGUAUUUCGAGCUAAAGGCUGUACUCCCACCGAAGGUUAUUUGGUGGAUCGAUGUGCUUACCCGUAAACUUGGAGUGAAGAUCUUAGAUGACGAGUUUUUGUCGUCCCUGGCUAGAACGAUCUACCAUUACCGGCUGGCCAACACGGUCAUGCGUGCCAGAAUUCCUAUCGCACAAGGGCGUACAUUGAUGGGUGUAGCGGAUUUCACUGGAACAUUGGAUUAUGGAGAGGUGUUCGUGCAGUACUCAGUAACUGAGGAGGAGACAGGGGCUGACAGAUACGUAACUCUCGAUGAAGUUGAUGUUGCCGUUCAUCGCAGCCCGUGCCACCACCCAGGAGAUAUCAGAGUACUUCGCUGUAGAGCUGACGUCCCCCGUCAAUUACGCCAGCUAAAGGACUGCAUCGUUUUUCCGUGCCAAGGACCACGACCGCACCCUGACGAAUGCACUGGAGGGGAUCUAGACGGCGACAUGUUUGUGGUCAUUUGGGACAAACGUUUGAUUCCGUCUAGAACGCAAGUUCACGAACCGAUGGCAUUUGAUGAAGAAAACGAAGGCGACACCAGCCCUCGAGGGGGUGAGUUUUAUCAAUCGACCGACGAUGACGGACUCAUUGAUUUCUACGUUCACUCCAUCCAGGAUGAUAUCCUAGGUGUUGCUUCGAAUGCUCAUCUUGCGCUGUGUGAUUCAUCACAUGAGGGCAGUCUUGACGAGAGUGCAAAAGCUCUGGCACGUAUUUGCUCCAAGCAAGUCGAUAGUCUUCGCUCAGAAAAGGAUCUGGAAAUUGUGCGAAGUUUGGCUCCAAAGAAUUACCCGGAUUUUAUGCAGAACAAGGAGAAACCGUCGUAUCCGUCCAAGAAGGUUUUGGGCAAGAUGUUUCGGCGAUGCAAGGCCAUCUUCGACACAACAAUGACGAAAGGUGUCACUCAAAUGCCGGUCCGCGAUGAUCACUUCUUAACGGCUGGCUACACUGAUUACGUUGACCAUGCGAAGAUGUUAUAUCGCCAAUACAAACUGCGUCUCCGAGCCUUGCUGCUCAUGUCAGGAGCACAGACAGAGGCAGAGCUAGCCACUGGAAUGAUUGUGGAGCCGCCAAGCGUGUACAAGGCUGACUAUUUCCGGUUUGGGGAGCAGUGCAAGGACGUGUUUUAUGAGCUACAGACUGCGUUCCGAGCCCAGUUUAAUGGUGAUACUUCCACGUUGGCAUCAGGUGAAGAGCUCAAACUUGCAUCGGCGUGCUACUUUGUUGCUUACGACGACUCCGACGCAUCCACGCGCAGUCUAAGCUUCACAUGGAUCGUGAUCGAUUUGCUGACAACAAUCAAGACAAACAACAUGGGCAAAACACACUACAAGUUGUGGACCCCCGUGCGUUUAUCGGCGUACGCAGGGACAAUUCCAAAGCUACAACUGUGUAUCUUAGCCGAGAUCUCGACGAUCACAGAAGAACUGCUGGCUGAUUUGUUCGACCGACUAGUUGCUGUGAGCUCACUACAGUCUGCAAUGCCUAGCAACCUGAAAAAGAAGGAGUUCGACCUGAUCCUCUUCGGCUCAUCUGGACUACUCACAUUUGAAAAGCAAUCGGAUCUGGACGUGAUGAUACGUUGCAAGUCUCGUCGCGGCUCGCUGAAAGCCAUCGCCAAGGCUCUUGAGGGUUCCCACGGCAACAUUGACCUGAAAGAUGACAUUCGCGUGCCGCUUCUCUCCUUCUCGUUCAAUCAAUGGUCUGUCGAGAUGUGCAAGCUUUCAAAUGGACCGGUAAAAACGCGCCUAUUCCGCACGUACAUGGAAAAGUACGACUUUGUUUGGCCGUGUGUGUACUUUUUGGUGCGUUGGGGGAAAUGUGUCGGCUUGAUUCGACGGCGGUCUGGCGGUGGAUCGGAUAUGUUUUCACCGACGGGGUUCAUGUGGUUCUUCCUGAAGUUUUGUAGGGAACAGAACUAUGUGCAACCAGUUGAGCUCACCACGGUGCCGGAGAUCCUGAAAAAUAAUGAUAUUGACUCCGAGAUCUCGUUUUGGACGGAAUUGCUGACACGACUGGUAUCCGGAAAUGGCGACACAUCUGCACUUUCAGCUGCGGAUGUUCUCCUUUCGUUUUUUAAGUACUAUGCAGACUUGUCCACGCCAUUCUGCGACUAUGGAUUCAAGGACCCCCUUGAUCCGGAGAAUGAUACGCAGCUGGAGCUUGAAGCAGUGGCGUUGUUCCGCUCUGAGUGCCACAUCGCGUUGCACCAGUUGGUGAUCUCGCGGGGCGACAUCAGAUACUUACUGACUCAUCGGGAGGCGCAAACGAGUAGAAUUACGCUCAGCCAUGCGCUGAGUACGCGGAUUCAUGAGGCACCCGAUUUUUUCUCCCGGAAAAUCCUGUUCGAUACAAAAGCAGAUAGUUCCGCGCGGUUGGUAUUCAAGUUCCACCCGAACUCGCUACGUUCUGAUCUCUAUAUUGCUGAGAUCAGCGGACCCGGAGAUGCGGUGCAGCGUAUCGAGAAUCAGAUUCGCAUGACCGAGCAGGAACUUGGCGCACGUAUGCCGUACCGUUCGAACCGAAAUUUCCAUCACGAGGGCUCAAGUUUGGUGUUGUUUGAAGGAGCAGAAUCGCAACAAGAGAAAAUCGGAUUUCAAGAUUACUUCGGUGAGCGCCACAGUGAUCACAACAAUAUCCGACUGCACCAAGCUCAUUUGAUUUGCUUCAUGAAUGGGCGCCAGUGGUAUGACCAUGCGGGGGCUACGUUCUGUGCUAAGUUCAUCCAGCAAAUGAUCAAGCUGUCCCGAUAUGAACACUUGAACCCUGGUCUCACAAAGGCGAAGGCUUUUGUACGCUUCGGACACCACUACUUGAUUAACUUGCCACGUUCUUUUGAUGAGGAAACGAUCAUGCUGGCCAGUAUCAAGAAGUUGGAAGACGAGUUCGAGCGAGGCCGAACUGCGCGUGAACUUUACGAGUCCGUCCUGAUUGCAAAGCAGAAACAACGGGCUGAGACUGAGGCUGAAGCUGUAUUGGGAGCUUCAAACCAAGCGGUUGAAUCAUCAGGAGAAAACAAUCAGGAUGUUUGGGGCGAGUACUCAGAUGAGGAAGGUGGAUGGAAGGUGGGAGAUGACUCCAUCGUCGACUGUGAUGAAGACAGCGGUGGCGGUGGCGGUGGUUCAGGACCCAGGCGGAGGCCGCGACGACCUCGGAUGAACUUGCAGAAAGCCACUACUGCUGCUCGAGGAGACAAGGGCGUAACGCAUUCAUUCUACUCAAUGAUUGAGCCGCAACAUGCCCCGUGGACAAAGGAGUAUGCCGAGAAACGCCUGGGUAUGAAGUUGAUUCGGGAGUCGGACUCUUACCAGGUAUCUAUCGUGCACCAGUCAUUCGAGUACAACAUCAGGUUGACGGACGAGCUGCAACUGGUGAAGGUGACAUCACGUCCGUCGCGGUGGUUUAGUGCGACUUUGAAAAUGAGGCAAGAAAUGGACGAUGAGAGUCACAUGAUGGACUCGACGCCGGACAUCCGCUUUUACGUGUCGACCACGCAAGAGAUGUCCAAGACGGAGAGCUUGUACGUAAAGCUGUCCAAGUGCUGCCAAGACGCGCCUGAUGGUCGCGGCAUCCUUGAAUUCUGCGAUGAGUCUCGUGACAAGGUGCGCAUUAGUCGUUAUUUGGUGGAUGCAGGCGAGUCACCUGCGUGCAUUGGAACGGUGAGGCACGUUCGCGGUGCGACGUACGUCAACUCGGCGACAGAAACGGAGCUGUCGUUGAUGCACAUCCGGGAGUUUGGUAUUCCAGACCGGAACCCAGAGGAUGGUUUCAUGAGUGUCCGCGACAAAGUGGAGGCCGAGUUCCGACUCCCACCUCUGACGCCGGAACGCCGUUUGCAGCCAGCCUUCCCGCGUGAAUUCCUAGCUACGGGAAUGCAGUUUGUCGACUACCUGCGUACGCAGGCAGAUAUUGAGGCGCCUUAGUGUGAGUGGUCAUGUGUUAUGUGUUAUCUUUUUGCUUAAGUGCAUCAGACCGGGAGAGGCCUGACUAUGCUCGACGUAAUUGAUGGAGCCUCGUGAAUUUCCUGGCCAAGGAAGGCAUUAAUUGAAAUUGUUGUUUCGACAGGAUU